CCGCGGGCGAUGCUGCUUCGGAGUGUAACCUCCGGCGGCCGGGCGGUGGCCUCAGCUGCCUUCUAUUCGGGGCCCCACAGGCUUCCUGGAGGCAGCAGCACUCGGCACAGGUACCAUGCCCGGAUCCCAGUCUGUGAAGGCCGAAGAGAGUUCAGGAAGGACCAUGUGGAGGAGGGCUCCCAAACAGGUGCCGAGGGCACCAGACCUCCCAAGUCCUCCGUGCCUGGCGGGGAUACCUCAGAAGCCCCGUACCCCCCGCCACCUGAGCUGCAGCCCCCCACAAACUGCUGCAUGAGUGGCUGCGCCAACUGCGUGUGGGUGGAUUACGCAGAAGCACUGCUGCAGCACUACCAGGACGGCGGGGAGCGGGCCCUGGACGCCCUGCAGAAGCACGUGGCGGAUGAGAACCUCAAGGCCUUCCUGAAGAUGGAGAUCCAACUCCGCAUGAGGAGAGGGGGCUGAGCUGGCCUGGCCACACAGCUCGCCCGACGGGCUCCAGCCCGCAGCCCCCAGCCCGGCAGCAGCUCGGCCUCUUCCUUCCGCGUGUGGCCCCAUGUGAACCCAUGUCAGCUGGGAAUCAGAAUAAUUAUUUAUUGACUUUCCUCAAAAUAAAUAAGUUCUCUGUGCUAGCGAGAUAAGAGGCCUCUGUGCUAUUGUCCGGAAGGCUUGUAUGGCCUCGUCAUCUGUUCACUGAGCACCUACAGCCUCACCGACCAGUGAGGGUAAAAUAAGACUCAUUUCCUUGAAUAUUAAAAUGACAGUGACCCCACGGGCCCCCUUCUAUGUCCCAGCAUCCCAGAAGUCCUACCCAAAGGUCAGCUCAGCGGUGUGGCAGAGAGAGGACUGUCUGGUCCCAUGAAGUUGCCCUUAGCAAGGCCCUUGGUAGGCAGGAAUGCUCCCAGGCAGCCUGCAAAAUUCCCCAUUCGUCCAGCUGCUGGGGUCCUUGGGGAGACACCUAUCCCAUCUGCCAGCCAAGUUGAUGGCUGUAGAUCAUUCUGCGGGGGCCUGAGCCCUGCAUAGCCACCAAUCCUUCCAACCCACUUAGGCAUGGCCCCCAGGGCACUUGGCCAGGGCCGAAGGACCAGGUGACCUCAGGUGUUAACCCCAGAACCAGUGUCCCCACAUCAGCCUGGUCUUCGGCUUCAGACCUGGCCACUGGACCAUCAGCCCAAGUGGGACUUUAUCUUAAGGCCCUCA